AUGGGGGCAAGACCGGAUGUUCAGACUCUUACUUCCUGGAAUGCUUCCAUUUUGUGGGAGUUAAUGUUUAAUGAACAUCUUUAUGAUAAUGCUCACAAGGAAGCAAAAUCAAAAGUUGCCCUUACUGUCUUUGCAGUUGGAAGGUAUCUGGAGGCCUAUCUCAACACCUUCCUGACCUCAGCCAAAAAGCAUUUUAUGGUGGGAUUACCAGUAACAUAUUUUGUAUUUACGGAUUUACCAGAGAAGGCACUGAAUAUAACCAUCUUUCAUCAGCAUAACAUCAAAAUUAUAAAGGUCAAGAAGUACAACAGGUGGCAAGAUAUCUCUAUGAUGCGAAUGAAAACGAUAUCUGAAGUAAUCGACACAGUCCUCCAGCACAACUUCAAUUAUGUCUUUUGCUUCGAUGUGGAUCAGAUAUUUACAGCAAGAUUUGGCUCUGAAGCUCUUGGGGAGUCGGUGGCUCUACUUCAUGCUCACUAUUACAAACUACCAAAGAACAGGUUCACGUAUGACAGGAAUCCAAAAUCCAAAGCUUGCAUGACUGAAGGUGAUUACUACUACCAUGCUGCAGUUUUUGGAGGAACUUGUGAAAAGGUAAAGGCUUUGGCAGAUUACUGUUACUUGAACAUCAUGGAGGACAAAAUGAAUGAUGUGGAGGCUUUAUGGCAUGAUGAAAGUCACCUAAACAAGUACUUCUGGCUAAAUAAACCUACUAAGUUACUCUCCCCCGAGUACUGCUGGGACAGAAGUCUCCCUAAAAAUGACAUACUUAUCAAACGCCUAGUAUGGGCUCCAAAAGAUUAUAAAAAACUUCGUAUUCCUUAAUGUGCACAAGAACUUUUUAAUAUGAUAUUGGAGAGGAAAAUACAUAUGGUUAACCGUCUAAUAUGUGCCCCAAAAAAUUAUAACAAGCUGUGUACCCACUACUUUGCACAGAACAUUUAAAGUGUGAUAAACUAAAUAAGAGAGAUAUAUAUAUAUUUUUUAAAUAUGUGGAAGUUUGGUUAUUAAAUUAUCUGACUGGCUUGGGUAAAUCAGGUCAAAUCAGAUAUUCAAGGAACACAGCUAUAACUUUUAUUCAUUUUUUUAUGUAAUUAACCAUCUCAGAAAACUCUCAAGCUUUGUAUAUGUUUGUCUUAAAUCAUUGUAAAUAUAUCAGUUUUGCACUCACAUUUGAUGAAUGAAAUGAAUAUGCACAACAUAUUUCACACAACAAAGCAACCAUAGUACAUAUUAUUAGUACUUCAGCAAAAUUCUACACUAAGCGAAAUGUUAUGUUUACAUGGGUGCACAUACAGCGUUAAUCUCACUCCUCCAAAGCACUUUGGAUGGACAUGAUGUUGAAUGUAAUUUUCAGUGCCCAAAAGCCUGAACACAUAAAUUUUAUAUUUUAGUUGAGCUUUAGCUUGUAAGUCAAAAUUCCAUGAACAUAUAGAUGUAGUGAGCUGUUUAGCUGGAAGAAGUACUCGUAGCUUUUUAAGCAAUGAAGACAUGGGGUGAAAAAGAGUUGAAAUAUGGUCCUCUAAGUGUCGGCAUACCUUUAGGCAACAAUAGGCACAUUUAAAUAAGAAACGUGUUUUUACCAGAUAAGACCCUUAUUGACACACGUUUUUUGUUUAACUGAUUAUCUGAUGAAGUACUCAAAACCAGAUUCCGUAAAAGUAAAAAAAAAAAAAAUCCACUGGACUUGGUUUCCAAGAUUUGAAGACGUUUCUCCACCUCUCCA